AUGAAUCCCUCCGCGUCUUCGGAUAUGUCGGGGAUGGACGUCUUGGGUCUUCAUAUCUCAAACCCAACUUUGAAAGCGUCCCACCCUCACCCCUAUGCCUCCUCGAUCGCCUCGUCCGCCUCGUCCUCGUCUUCCUCCGUCUUCUCCCUGGAUGCCUCUCAGAGCUCCAUCUCUUCGACCGCCACUAACCCGGUCGAUGUAAUCUGGGAGAAUGAUGUGGAUAACCAGCCGGCGGCGAGACCUUCGGUCGCAUGCCCCCGGGCCUUCGUCAAGGGAGUUCAUCCCAAGAUUGACGGUCCGGUACCGCCGGAGUUGCGUACGCAUCCCCGGCGCACCAACGUCGCGGCCAACGGCCCCGGCGCGCGUCCCCCACCUUGUUUGCUUCGCCAGUCGGAGCGCAAAGUGAGCUUCGUCGAUAACCUUGUCGAUACGGCAUCGCAAAUCGUCGAAAACAUCUGGCCCCUCUCCGCCGCGGCAUCCCGCAGCGAUGCCGCGACCGGCUCGAAAGGCGUCCUGCCUCUCCGGACUUUCAUCCAAGAGACUCUUCGUCGUUCGCGCACUAGCUACAGCACCCUGCAGGUGGCCCUUUACUACUUGAUUAAGAUCAAGCCGCAUGUGCCCUGUAACGACUUCACCCGGGAACAAUCUCGGGAUCAGUCCGCUACUCGGGCCAUGCAGUGCGGUCGCCGGAUGUUUCUGGCGGCCUUGAUUCUCGCUUCUAAGUAUCUACAGGACCGCAACUACUCCGCCCGUGCUUGGAGUAAGAUUUCGGGCUUGAACACCCUCGAAAUCAACCAAAACGAGUUGAUGUUUCUGCAAGCAGUUGGGUGGCGGCUACACAUCUCGGAGGCGACUUUCCAGCGAUGGACCGACUUGGUCCUCAAAUUGACCCCCGGUGCCGGUGGUCCUCCAGCCAGUGAGGGCCAGUGCUGGCGGACAGUUCUCCCCCGGUUGACUCCGGAGUUGGAUUCCGUCGACUCUGAACCGACGACCCCGGUCUCGGCGAUGGGUGGGAUGGAUUUAGGCCUGGCCGACUCUCCCUCCCCGCGUAGUGCGGCGAGCAACGAGUCGAUCCAAUCGACUUCUCGCGAGCAGACUCCAACUUGCCCGCGCAGUUUGCCCCGGGCUCUGGAGCCGACUCCCCGGAUGGAGUUUAUGACCCCCCAGACACAUGUUGCUUGCACUCCUGCUGCGAAUGCGGCAACAUGUGGUCCCCGUCGCCCCUCCAUCGGUACGGCGAUGUCCCAGGCGCAGAACAUGGGCAUGGCGCGAUCCACUUUGGAUCAGCGCCCGCCUUUUUCGUUCUACCCUCGGGCUCAGUCGUUCGAUGGAUACCCCGCAGCGGCCCGCCGGUCCUCUCUGGCUCGGUCAACAUCUUCAGCAUCGUCGCCCGACUCCAUGGUUUCCGACGUGUCGACCUUGUCGUCGCGCUCUUCUCGCUCCUCAUCGGUCUCAUCUAAUGCUUCUGGCGCCGGUGCCCCCGUUCCUUCACGGCUUGCCGUCAAGGCAACUCUACGCUGUACUAGCAACUCUCUUAAGGAGAGUCGCAAGAUUUUAGCCACCGCUUCGCCGAUCGACGAAAGCACCUUGGCCGAUCUCUACAGCUCGCCCGAUUACCCGGGCGCGAUGGGCUCCGCACCGGAUCUGUCGCAGUUCUCUCUUGAUUCCAGCCUGAGCGAAGCAGCACAGAGUUUGUGCGAGCUCUCUGGUGCAACCCCCGAGCGCCGACAAUGUCGCAAGCGCGGGCGCACCGGUUCCGAUGAUCUCCUCCUUCAGAACCACGUUCGCCAUUUGAUUGAUGUAGGCGCCUCUGGUGUCCCGUCAUCCAUAUUACCCGAUGGGCACUUGGCGACCUCUUUCCUGAUGGCUAAUGGCCCUUCAGUCUCAGGUCCUGCCGGUAUGAAACGGGCCUGCUGCGGCAGUGAGGCACGCAAAGUCGCCCUGAACCCAAGCAUUCGUGCGGAUUACCUGAAUUGA